AUGGAUGACUUUGAGGAAUUUGUUGGCUAUCUGGAUCGCUACGAAGAAACAUCGACUGGAGCAGCCUACAAAUAUGCAUCGCUCCCGCGGCGGGUGGUCAGGGAUCGCUUAAAUCCCAUGGAGCUGUACAAUGAGUACGAGUAUUUGUGCCAAUUUUUAUUGAACAAAUGUGCCGUGCAGCAGCUGCUCGCAACACUGCCUCCCCAGGAACACAAUGACGGAUGGAGGUUCCCUGUGCCACCUCUCCUGCAGCUUCUUAUCACACUGCGGUUCCAUAGAGUAGGAACGUUUAAAACUUUGACAGGGGACCUUGUGAAUAUUCCCCAUCCGACGAUCUCGCGGGUGACCGAGCGCGUUUCUACUAUGAUCGUCAGAAGCCUAUUCACUGCGCUUGUGAAGUGUGGGGCCGCUUCAGAAAUGAGUGGUGUGAUGAAGGAAUUUUAUAAGACAGGAACAUUUCCUGGUGUCAGUGGGUAUAUUGACUGCACUCAUGUGCCAAUUAAGAGCCCUGGUAGUGACCACGUCGAGAUUUAG